AUGGCCAAGAAGAUCAUUACUGUGUUCGGUGCCACUGGUGCCCAAGGUGGCAGCAUCGUUGAUACAUUCGUGAACGACCCCAAGCUCAAGGAUGAGUGGACUGUCCGCGGCGUCACUCGUGAUACGACCAAGGAUUCUGCCAAGGCGUUGGCAGCCAAGGGUGUGGAAGUCGUCAGUGCUGAUCUCAAUGACAAGGCCUCGCUGGUUACUGCCGUCAAAGGCUCCGCAGCUGUCUUUGCGGUGACCAACUACUGGGAAUCGCUGAACAAGGACCUCGAAACCCAGCAGGGCAAGAACAUUGUCGAUGCUGCUCAGGAGGCUGGCGUCGAGCACUUCAUCUUCAGCUCGCUUCUCGAUAUCAACAAGCUCACCAAUGGAGUACUCCCCGAUGUUUACCACUUUGACAGCAAGGCUGCCGUUGAGGAGUAUGCGCGUACCCUCUCCCUCCCCUCAACCUUUUUUCUUCCCGGUUUCUAUGCAUCCAAUGUGCCAGGCGGACUGCUCCGACCUACGCCCCCAGACAACGCGUGGGCCCUCAACCUACCCAUCCCCGAAUCGGCGCAAAUCCCGAUCUUUGACACGGCCGACACGGGCAAGUUCAUCAAGGGCAUCGUUCUGAACCGCGAAAAAGUGCUUGGAAAGCGCAUACUGGGUGCAACAGAGUACAUCACGGCCGGCGAGGCCCUUGAGACUUUCAAGAAGGUGUACCCGGAGGCUGGCAAGAAUGCGAAGUACAACCAGCUCACACAUGAUCAGUUCCGUGAUAUCCUUAAGAGCCAGGGAUUGCCGGACUUCGCUGCGGAGGAGAUGCUGCAAAAUUUCAGACUCCUGGAUGAGUUUGGCUACUAUGGCGGCGAGAAGCUGGAUGAGUCGCACGCGAUCGUCGAGGAUAAGCUGACGACGUGGGAGGAUCACGUGAAGGCUGCAAAGGCUUUUGCUGGGCUGCAGUGA